AGCCAUGUGACUUGCCGGUGAGUCGGGGCUUGCGACUGCCUCCUGCUUCAGAGCUACCUGAUCCGAAUAGUAAGCAGAGGGAGCGAGCGAGCGAGCGAGCGGGGCUGCCUCCGGAUCGGUGACACACACGCCGAAGGAGAGUCAGCCGCUGCCGCCACCGCAGAGCGACAGAGAGCGAGCGAGGUGCCCAUUCCAAAGACUGCAGAAGAUGGAGAUUAAAGACCAAGGGGCGCAAAUGGAGCCGCUGCUGCCCACGAGAAAUGAUGAAGAGGCAGUGGUGGACAGGGGUGGAACACGCUCCAUUCUGAAAACACAUUUUGAAAAGGAAGACUUAGAAGGUCACCGAACAUUGUUUAUUGGAGUUCAUGUACCAUUGGGAGGAAGAAAAAGCCAUCGACGCCAUCGACACCGUGGACACAAACACAGAAAGAGAGACAGAGAACGAGAUUCGGGUUUAGAAGAUGGCAGAGAGUCACCUUCAUUUGACACCCCUUCGCAGAGGGUACAGUUUAUUCUCGGAACAGAAGAUGAUGAUGAGGAACACAUCCCUCACGACCUAUUCACAGAGCUUGAUGAACUUUGGUGGCGUGAAGGAGAAGAUGCGGAGUGGAGGGAGACUGCCAGAUGGUUGAAGUUUGAAGAAGAUGUUGAAGAUGGAGGAGAGAGGUGGAGUAAACCAUACGUUGCCACUUUGUCACUUCAUAGCUUGUUUGAGCUGAGAAGUUGUAUCCUCAAUGGCACUGUGCUGUUAGACAUGAGAGCAAAUUCUUUAGAAGAAAUUGCAGACAUGAUUCUUGAUCAACAAGUAGGCUCAGGACAGCUCAGUGAAGAUGUUCGUCACAGAGUCCAUGAAGCUUUACUCAAACAGCACCACCAUCAGAACCAGAAGAAGCUAAGCAACAGGAUCCCAAUAGUCAGGUCCUUUGCUGAUAUUGGCAAGAAACAGUCUGAACCUCAUUCCAUGGACAAAAAUGCAGGUCAGAUUGUUUCCCCACAGUCUGCACCAGCCAGCAUUGAAACCAAAAAUGAUGUGAGCAGAGAAAAUAGCAGUGUUGACUUUAGCAAGGGACUAGGAGACCAACAAAAAGGGCAUAACAGUAGUCUAUUUGGGAUGAAACAAAGACAUGAAAAAGGACACCUGCAGCAGGAAGAGAGAGAGAGAGAGGUUGACCUGCAUUUUAUGAAAAAGAUCCCUCCUGGAGCUGAAGCAUCAAAUAUUUUGGUUGGUGAGCUUGAAUUCUUGGAACGUGCCGUAGUUGCUUUUGUUAGAUUGUCUCCUGCCAUGCUGCUUUCAGGACUAGCAGAAGUUCCAAUCCCAACAAGAUUUUUAUUUAUUCUCCUGGGACCCCUAGGAAAAGGCCAACAGUACCAUGAAAUUGGCAGGUCGAUUGGAACAUUAAUGACAGAUGAGGUUUUUCAUGAUGUUGCAUAUAAAGCUAAAGAUCGUAAUGAUUUGGUUGCCGGGAUUGAUGAGUUUCUUGAUCAGGUGACAGUUCUCCCUCCUGGAGAGUGGGACCCAACAAUUCGUAUAGAGCCUCCCAAAAAUGUUCCCUCUCAGGAGAAACGUAAGAUUCCAGGGGUGCCAAAUGGAACUGCUGCUCAUGGAGACCUGGCGCCUGUGGGAGGACAUUCAGGACCAGAAUUACAGCGUACUGGAAAGCUUUUUGGGGGCUUGAUUUUAGAUGUCAAGAGGAAAGCACCAUUCUUUUUGAGCGACUUCACUGAUGCAUUCAGCUUGCAAUGUCUAGCAUCGUUUCUGUUUCUCUAUUGUGCUUGUAUGUCUCCUGUUAUCACAUUUGGAGGUCUGCUGGGAGAAGCAACGGAUGGUCGUAUAAGUGCAAUAGAAUCUUUAUUUGGUGCAUCUAUGACUGGAAUAGCCUACUCUCUCUUUGGUGGGCAGCCUCUUACCAUCCUAGGUAGCACAGGGCCAGUUUUGGUGUUUGAAAAGAUAUUAUUCAAAUUUUGCAAGGAAUAUGAACUGUCUUACCUUUCUUUGAGAGCAAGCAUUGGUUUAUGGACUGCAAUUCUAUGUAUCAUCCUCGUUGCGACCGAUGCAAGUUCCCUUGUGUGUUACAUCACUCGGUUUACGGAAGAAGCUUUUGCAUCCCUUAUCUGCAUCAUUUUCAUUUAUGAGGCCUUAGAGAAGCUCUUUCAUCUCAGUGAGACAUAUCCAAUCAACAUGCAUAACAGUUUGGAACAACUGACACAUUAUGCAUGCAACUGUGUGGAGCCAGACAGCCCCAGCAAUAACACUUUGGAAUACUGGCAGUCUAAAAACAUGUCCUCAUCAGAUAUACCUUGGGGAAAUCUAACUGUGUCAGAAUGUAAAUACUGGCAAGGGACAUUUGUAGGAUACGCCUGUGGACAUGAUGGUCCUUACGUCCCAGAUGUUCUCUUCUGGUCAGUCAUCUUAUUCUUUUCUACAGUUACAAUGUCAUCCACACUGAAGCAGUUCAAGACCAGUCGAUACUUCCCAACCAAGGUGCGGUCUGUAGUGAGUGACUUUGCUGUCUUUCUCACCAUCCUGUCCAUGGUUUUAGUUGACUAUGCCCUGGGAAUUCCAUCACCAAAGCUUCAAGUCCCAAAUGUUUUCAAGCCUACCAGAGAUGAUCGUGGCUGGUUCAUUUCGCCUUUGGGCCCCAAUCCUUGGUGGACAGUGCUAGCUGCAAUAAUUCCAGCUCUGCUUUGUACUAUUCUGAUAUUUAUGGACCAGCAGAUUACAGCUGUUAUUAUAAACAGAAAAGAACAUAAACUAAAGAAGGGCUGCGGCUAUCACCUGGACUUGCUGAUGGUGGCCCUCAUGCUUGGCGUAUGCUCUCUUAUGGGUCUGCCAUGGUUUGUUGCCGCCACCGUCCUCUCCAUCUCUCACGUGAACAGCCUGAAACUGGAGUCAGAAUGUUCUGCUCCAGGAGAACAGCCUAAAUUCCUUGGCAUCCGUGAGCAACGGGUCACAGGACUCAUGAUAUUUGUCCUUAUGGGCUCAUCUGUAUUUUUGACCAGAAUUCUUAAGUUUAUUCCCAUGCCAGUUCUUUAUGGUGUGUUUCUUUAUAUGGGUGCCUCUUCUCUAAAAGGAAUUCAGCUUUUUGACAGGAUCAAGUUAUUCUGGAUGCCUGCCAAACACCAGCCAGAUUUCAUCUACCUGAGGCAUGUUCCUCUUCGAAAAGUCCAUCUCUUCACAGUCAUCCAGCUCAGCUGUCUUGUGCUGCUGUGGGUUAUCAAAGCUUCAAGAGCUGCCAUUGUGUUUCCUAUGAUGGUCUUGGCAUUGGUGUUUGUUAGAAAACUCAUGGACUUAUUUUUCACCAAACGUGAGCUAAGCUGGUUGGAUGAUUUGAUGCCAGAAAGCAAGAAAAAGAAACUGGAAGAUGCUGAAAAAGAGGAGGAACAAAGUAUGUUAGCAAUGGAAGAUGAAGGCACAGUCCAGUUACCGCUAGAAGGGCACUACAGAGAUGACCCAUCUGUAAUAAAUAUUUCUGAUGAAAUGGCAAAAACAGCUGUGUGGAAGACAAUGUUGAUAACAUCAGAAAAUACCAAGGAUAAGGAGUCCAGCUUUCCUUCUAAAAGCACUGAAAGCCGAAGAGAGAAGAAAGCUGACUCAGGGAAAGGUGUGGACCGCGAGACUUGUCUGUGACUUGCUCUUCAGUUUAUUUUUAUAAACAAAUGUGAGAAGUUUCACAAUCAUAACCUGUACCCGAUUUGAUCCUUUCAUUGUACAACCUGUCCUUCAUCCCAAAGUAGCACUGGUAAUGUAAGUAGUGCAAUAUGUGCUUUGGUUCACUGUCUGUUCAUCAGUCUGGCCCUGAUCCACACAGAAAUUAACUGUUAGACAUUGAGAGAGUCCUGCACUCUCCAUGCUGGGGAGUUCCAGCUCUUUGAACCCAUGUCAUCUGGUCCAUUCAAGAAUAUGAACAAAGUCUCCUUUCAAACUUCUCUCUCGGUAGGUUUGGACUGCAUUUUCCUACAUUGCCUGUGCCACUUACUUUCAUAGCUUUUCCACUUCAGAAGACAAAUGUGAAAACAGCCCCCAAUCUUUUUGUAGGUUAGCUUUCAGCUAGCUGUUUCAGCAGAUCCAAGAUAACACAAGAGAUGUUAGUUUUAAGAGUUAUUUUUAAAUGAAAAGUGGUUCGAUUCUGCAAACUUAACCAUAGGAAUGAAGUCCCCCCUUUAAAAAAUCAUGGCUUUUAUGUGUGUGUGCAUGCGUGCGCACGUGCGUGCGUGCGUGUGCAUGCGUGUGAGAGUUACAGGAUCAUACCCUAUAUUUGUGCAAUUUUCCUUGAUUUAAUACUGGAUAUUUAAUAUUUAAAUUUAUAUGUAACUGGAAAAAUAAAGUAAUAUAAUAUAUAAAGUUAUAGGAUAUAGUUAACAUUCUCUCAUUUUGUUUGGAAAGAAAGCCGCAUCCAUCGAUGUGCAAUCUCCAUACAGUAUUUGUCGUGAAUGCAAGCUGUUAUUACAAUAUCUUAUGCUGUACUGUAAUAAAUGUUGCAGUGGUUAGUCCAACAGCGGCACUGUGGUGGUAAAUGAUCCACAUUUUGUUUAGCUUUCUGGAUUAUAAUUCUUUACAGAAAUGGGCAGUAAGAUUUCCACUCCCCACCAAGGGUGAUCAGGGGUGGGCAGUACUUGAGACCUCUGAAUACUAUCCUUAAAUUGUUAUGUGAUGUUAGGAACAGGUCAUAGACAGGUAUUGAUUUUAUCCAGGUAUAAAUCCUACAUAUAUUUUUGUUGGUGGUCAUUUUAUUGUCAAAUGCAUGCUCCUUUUUUUUUUUAAAUGUGCUUUUUCUCCAAUAACCUCUGGGCAAAGUCCAGUCAAGUGCUUUUUAAGUCCAAUUGAUUUCAGUGAAAGAGCCAAGCAUGUGCUUAACUCUUCCAUUCAUAUCAAUAGGACUAGAAUGUGCUCCAAACUUGGCUGAAUUGCAUCUUGAUUUAUUCCCCACUGUAAAUUCACUUUUAAGUUAUAAUCCCAUUGAAGUGAAUGGGAGUUUUGGCACUAAUUUCAGAGGGCGAUGGCACUGGCAUAACACUCCUGUUUUACAGAAAAAGAAAAAGAAAAAAAAUUGUGCUUGGCCUUUGUUAGUUAGUACUUCAAAUUUCUAUAUGAAAGGCAUGCAUUUCUGCACAUGUUAAAAAUUCAGAUACUUUUUAAAUACAGAUUUUAUUACUGUCCUAGAAUGUUGUUAUUAGUCAAACUACAGUUUUAACAGCAAUAUCAACCUCUGGACAGAUCCAUAUCCUCUCCCACAUGCAGCUGUGCUGGAAAGAAUCCCCAAAAGGCUCAAUGGAGCCCUUUUCCCUCCUUCCCUUCCCUUCCCUUGGCCAGUUUUAACUAUGGACAGAGAGAGCCAGGUAUAUAGCAAAGUACCCAACCAUUGCCUUCAGUGGGGUGGUUGAUUACACUUAUCCUCCUUAGAUCCAGCCAUCCUGCUUCUUCCUGUGUCCAUGUGCACAAGUACUCUUGCUGGGACAUGCAUAACCUGUUUAUGUGGAGUAGAAUGAUGGAAAAGAGCAGAAUGAAUGGAUCUUUAUAAAGGUAGAGAACUGGUCAUCCCAUUGUGUGCCUCUGACAAGGGGAGAGAGAGAACAAAGAGCUCCAUGCAUGUGGGGGAGAAGAUGGAAUAAAAGUGGGACAGUAUUAAACAUUUUACAUAUUUUUGAUAUGUCUUUAUUUUUAACAGGCCUUUGUGGGUGGGCGGGGGAUUGAGUUAAUCUACACAAACUCAGAUCUUAUAAAUGCACCAGUGCUUUUGAAUACCAGGAACAAAUAUCUACAUGGUUUCAGUGUUUGAGCCUUUGCUGCAGAUCUCAGAAAGGCAUUUUUUUACUUGCAAAGUUGCCUAACCUUGUAAAAUAAUCCUUUGCCAAGUUCUGCAGCCUUGCAUGGCCCUUAACAGCUUGUACCAAUAUAGAAUCAUAGACUGGUAUUGGAAGGGGCCUAUAAGACUAUAACUAUAGGGGAACUCUGUGCAAGUAAGAAUCAGCCCAAUAGAGAACCCUGUUUGGCUUAUACUGGCACUGGAAGUUCUUGCACAUGUGAGACUGACUUCUUCAAAGUGAAUGGGGCAGCUUAUGUACACUGGAGCACAAUCACAUGGGCACAGAAGAUUCUGUGCCAAAGUGUUUGCCUUUCUCUCAUAAAGUUGGUGAAUUUCAUGGCUUCCAGUGUGUACUCUGCAUGAACAUGCAACCGUGAAUAGGGAUUUGCCGGGGCAGAAAAAGGCAUGGCUUGCUUUAGGCAAUUUCGGAAUGGCUUUAACUUAGAGGUGGCUAACCUCUCGCUUAUCUGGCGUUGUUAGACUCCAGUCCCCAUUAGCUCCGGGAAGCAUGGCCAAAUAGUUCAGGAUGAUGGAAGUUGCAGUCCAGCAACAUCUGAAGGGCCACAGGUUCCCAAUCUCUACUUGAACUAAACCACUUCUCCAAAUCAAACCAAUGCAGGCUGGCCUAUGGCAUGCUUCAGCUCAUGGUGGUCCCUGCUGGUUCAUCAGAUGACAAACACUGGUCCAGUGUAUGGCACCUGCUGCGAGGACUAGGGUGUCCUGAAGAAAACUGUUCUGGACCUUCAUAUGGACACUCCCAGCUGAGCAUAUCUCUCACUUGCCCAUUAACCUUCAAAUUGUCUCUGCCUGUUAGGAUAGGUAGCAUACAGUGUUAUUCCCAGGUUGUAAAUGCAGAACUGAGGAUAAAAGAUACAAGGCACACAUCAACAACUGCAACCAGAGAUAGCAGACAGAAUUUGCACUGAACAUCAACCAGAGGUUAAUGGGCAAGCAUCUUGAAAGAAAGCUAUAGGCUGGUCAAUUCACACUUGGGCAAACAAGUAUUUGCACAGUCAGAGAACCACAGCAUCAGCUCAACAGUAGGAACUCAGCAGGGGUUGGCCUGUGAAAUACGACACACACAUCUGCACAAGCUGUCAUUGUUCAAUGACUGCAUAGUGUGAAUCUAGGCUAUCCAUUUCCAUAUGCCUUCUGCUUCAAACAGAAAAAUUACACCAGCUGCUCUUGUGCCAAAAUUAGGCUGAAUCAGAUGGACAACAGAAAGCAUUGCUUCUAAUGCUAUUUUUGGACCACAGCUUGUUCUCUUAUCAGAUUCUUCUUAGCAUCAUCCAAAUUCUUCAUAUUAUGCAAAUUAUAUUACAAUUUUUUUGAAGAAACAAGUUUUGCUUAAUACUAAUGCAUAUAUAAAUUUAGAUAAGCUGCAUUAAGAGUGAAGUGGUUAUUGCAUACUUGAUGAUCAGUUGUAACAUUCCAGUUUGAAGGUGAGUCUAGUAUAAGACAAUGCAGAUUUGUUCCUGGAAAGAGACUGCUGGUGUUUUUAAUAAGUUCUGUCUCAAAGUGAUCAGAUUUCACCUGUCUAGUUUCCUGGAUACUAAUAAAUCAGUGCUUUAAUGACAUUCUGCAUUAUUUUGGUUCAGCAUUUUUAAGGGGUUUUUUAUUUAGUUAUUCCGUUUUUGUGUGGAUUUUGCUAUUCCAAUGUUAAACCCAGCAUUUUGAAAUCACACACACAAACACACAAAUAAUAAAAUGCAAGU